CCCCCGGCCCUGGCUUUAGGUCCGGGCUGCGGCGCUGGAGGCGGCUUUUCGGAAGCUGCCAGCAAGCCGAGCGGACCCUUCGCCCGCCCGUCCGCCCGCCCGCUCGCCCGCUUUGCUCUCACCGGCCUUCCGAAGCGACGAGUCGAAAGGAGACCGAGCCCAACCGAGCCUCCUCCUUUCCCCGAGAUGAUGCCGACCAAAACGCCGCGCAAGACAGCGCUGCAGAACUCGGCGCCCGCAGAGUGCUCAGUCGUGAUAGCUGUGCAGCUACGCAAAAUUGGGGACAAAUGGAAUCUCCGGCAAAGAAUUCUGAAUCUGAUUUCCAAACUCUUCUGCCCAGGAACUUGAAAGAGUCUCAAAGAAGAAGAGAAAAGGAAAUUGAAAAACAACCACAGGAAAGGGAGAAAAAAAAAUGUCUGUGAAGAUGCAAACUUUUUCUACUCGGAUUUAUGAAAGAGAACCACCCUGAGGUGGAAGAUGAAAUGUUUAAAGAGGGUUUUGUUUGCUUGCCGCUUCCAUCACCAACCACAAAAGCUCCUAUAUAAGAUUCUCAGCUACCAUUUCGGGAAGUUUGUGAGUGAAUGCAAAUGGAGCUACUGAGAGAGGAGAAAACUGGAUGUUACUGUUGACUGGCAUGGUGAAUUGGUCCUGGAAGAUGAAGGAGUCUAAAAGAGCCAUCCGAGCCGAAAUCCUAUUCAGUGUUGGAUAUUAAGCAGUUCCACGCAUAGGGAAAAUGACUUUUGUGUGCAGCUUCUGAUUUUCUUGAAAAACACAAAUCAGUUCCUCAGCUCUUUUGUUCUUAUUUUGGAGUUUGGAAACCUACCUGGAGAAAACCAGGAGAAGUAUGUUUGUUACAUAUGAAUUUGUUUUGUUGAAAUGAAUGUAGUUUAUUAAAGGUUCAUUGGUUUUAUAAUUAAUUAUAUUGCAAUGCCCUUAAAUUAUGAGUGAAGCUGGGUAUGGCUAGAUUACCAACUUUACAAUAUAUGCCCUAUGGGUAAGAUGUUUUGGUAUAUUUAUUUUUGUGUGAACUUGUUUUCAGGUUAUUAACCAUGAUUCAAGAUUCAGGAUGAAUGUUCAAAACAUUCUGCAUCAAGGUAGAUUUUAACAGGUUGUCAAAUGUUCUUCAGUGAAAGCAACAGCAUUCUUGGCUUUACAGAAUGAACCGGUACAUGUUUAGUUACGAGUUAAGAAAAUAGAGUUCUGUUUAUACAUUACAGGUGAUAGAUUCCUAACAGUGUUAGCUUAGAACUAUAUAAAUAAUAUAAGCUUUAGAAAAGAAAAUGCAGAUCAAAAGUUACAUUAAGAGGACAACUUUGGGGAUGAAACAAUGUGUUGGUUUUCAUUAAGGAAACUAAUUAUUCAAUGUAUGUCAACUGGAUGAAAAAUGUCAAACACUUUAAAAACAUGCAAGAGUUACAGAGUCAUAGUCAGUCUAGAAAUUCAUGUGGGAUCACAUCUGGAUAUGGAUCUGUUUUCAUACACUAAUUAUUGUUUAAGAAGUUGAAUUGCACACACACAAAAAGAAUAACUACAAGGAUCAAGUGCUAAUUCUGAAAUCAACUACAAAGAUUUUCAGAAGAUUUGCUAAGUUCCAAACAUAUGACUGGAGUUGGGGUUCAACAAUUUCAGUAUUCAUUCUGCAACAUUCUUAACAUAACAUCUAAAUAUAUUUGAAUUGAAUUCAUAAGUAACUUAGUAGUCUGACCAUGGUUACCCUAACAUAUAUCAAAAUCAGGCUAUUUUCCCUAAUCCUUACCCAAUAUCGGUUGAAUAAAAAUGUAAAUAACUAGAAUUGUUGGAUAUAUCAUCUCAAAGUUAGCCUUCCUUUUUUGUAAAUCUCUUCAAUGGCUCUUUUAAAAAAAAAGUCUUCUUAGCAUUAUUUUGAUGGUAGAAUUAUGAAAUCGCAUUUGAAGGCCAUAGUUCUUAGGCUAUAGUUCUUAAUAAACAGUCUUUGUAUUUUUUUUAUUGAGAACAACCAGGGGGAGUCAAAAAAGUCAAGAUGGCAGCUGUCAGAUGGCAAAGCCAUGUGUUUUGGCUGAGGGAAGGUAACAUUUUUUUUGCAUGUUUUUAUAUGGGAGUAUUGCACAAUAUAUUGUUUUGCUAAGCUUAGGUUAGGGUUAGGGUUAGGGUCAGGAGCGUAGUUUACAGCAAUCUGUCUCAUCAAAUACAUUGAACUUUAAUGCCAGAAUUUUGUUCGGUGGUCAUGCUACCUGUUAAAUCUGGGCCUGGAAGUUAACAAUUGGCAUUCAUCACAUUGGUCAAGGUGUGUUUACAGCAACAGAACCAAUUUGAAGUAUUUAAGGAGCACAUCCAUAACCAUAAGGUUACAUUUCCGUGCCAGCUUUCUUGCAAAUGUCAUAUAUAGCUUUCCGUAAGAAUCAUUGUUUUUGUCUCUGUCUUAAAAAUUAUUCCUUCUGUGUGGUGACUGUUAAGCUA